AUGGGUGCCGCCUCACGUUGUCUAGCCCUCGCCCUCCUGUGCACCAGCUUCCUGUUGGCCAGCGCCGCGGCGUCCAGCGAAAUGCUCAUGAUGACGAACCGGUUCCACGCUUGGCGCGCCGCGCACAACCGGACCUACGCGACCGCCGCGGAGCACCAGCGGCGGUUCAAGGUGUACCGUCGGAACGUGGAGUACAUCGAGGCCACGAACCGGCGCGGCGGGCUCUCGUACCAGCUCGGUGAGAACCAGUUCACCGACCUCACGUGCGACGAGUUCCUGGCCGCGUACACCAUGCCGCCCGGGCAGGUGCUCGCGGCCCGCGACGAGGCCGUGACGCGGCAGCUCGACGCCGCCACGCGUCGCAACAGCAGCUACACGGGCGACGCCUUCGGCCAGGUUCCCUACAGCGUCGACUGGAGGGCCUGGGGUGCUGUGACUCCCAUCAAGCACCAAAUGACCUGUGGCUCUUGCUGGGCGUUCGCCGCGGUGGCGUCGAUCGAGAGCCUGUACAAGCUGCGGACGGGCCGUCUCGUCUCCCUGUCGGAGCAGGAGCUCGUGGACUGCGCCUCCCCGCCCAACGACGGAUGCGGCAGCGGCGAUCCCGCGACGACCAUGUGGUGGGUCGCCCGCAACGGCGGCCUCGCCACCGUGUGGGAGUACCCCUACGAGAGCAAGCAGGGGCAGUGCAGGCGCGGCAGGAUCCGCAUGGGCAGGAUCCGCGGCGGCGCGGCUGUUCCUCCCAACAGCGAGGCCGCGCUGGAGCGCGCCGUGGCGCAGCAGCCGGUCGUCGUGUCCAUCAACGCCGUCACCUUCCAGCACUACGAGGGCGGGGUGCUGUCGGGCCCCUGCGACGCCGGAAUCAACCACGCCGUCACAGUGGUCGGGUACGGCGCCGACGCCAGCGACCACAAGUACUGGAUCGUCAAGAACGCGUGGGGCGAGAAUGGGUACGUGCGCAUGGAGAGGCGCGUCGGGGUCAGGGAAGGCUUGUGCGGAAUCGCCAGCAGGCCGUCCUACCCGGUGAUGUGA